UACAAGCAUCUGCCUCCUUGAGUUUCAAUAUAGAGAAUAUGGCCUCAAGAACACCAUUCUUGGAUCAGUUAUGGCAACAAUUGCAUAGAGAAGAUGUUUGUUUCUCUUUGAUUUUCUUGUUUCUUGCAAUAUAUUUGUUUAAACUCAUGAAUUCUAGACGUAUCAGACUCAAUUUACCUCCAUCUCCGCCAAGAUUUCCUAUCAUCGGCAAUUUUUGCCAGAUAGGGUCACUUCCCCACCAUUCCAUCAAAGCUAUAUCUGAAAAGUAUGGUCCCCUAAUGCUGCUCCACUUUGGCUCUACGCCAACUCUUGUUGUAUCAUCAGCGGACAUGGCCCGAGAAAUGUUUACCACCCAUGAUAUCGUUUUCUCAAACCGACCUAGAACUUUGGCGGCAAAUAUUUUAUCAUAUGGAUGUACAGACGUAGGGUUUUCUCCUUAUGGUGACUACUGGAGGCAAGCUAGGAAAAUUUGCGUCGUGGAGUUGUUGAGCCUCAAUCGUGUGAAUUCUUUUCAGCUCGUGCGGGAUGAAGAGGUUACAGAAGCAAUUGAAAGCAUACGACGUACCAGUCUCUCUGGAAGCUUAGUCAAUCUAAGCAAGCUGCUGAGUGUUCUUUCUGCUAAUAUAGUAUCUAGAUGUGUUAUUGGAAGGAAAGUUAAUGAGGUUGGAGAAAAUACCAAGUUGGGAAAGUUGGCGAAUAAGAUGACCAAGGAAAUUAAUGAGUUUGGUUUCAGUGAUAGGUUUCCUUAUUUUUAUUUGGGAUACUUGAUCGAUAUUUUAACUGGUUUUGUUGCACGUCUGAAAGAAACUUCAAAAGAAUUUGAUGUUUUUUUAGAUCAAGUGAUCGAUGAACAUAUGACUUUGGGAAAUAGUAAUGAUGAAAAACUAGUUGAUAAUCACAAAAAGAAUUUUUUGCAUAUACUGCUUCAACUUCAACAAAGUAACUCACUUGACUUUGAAUUCACACGGGAUAAUAUGAAAGCAAUUUUACUGGACAUGUUUGUUGCAGGGAUUGACACAACUUCGACAACACUUGAAUGGACGAUGGCGGAGUUAAUGAGAAACCAAAAUAUACUAAAAAAAGCCCAAGAUGAGGUACGAAGUGUGGUGGGGAAGAAAUCAAAGGUAGAAGGUAAUGACGUAAAUAUGAUGAACUACUUGAAAUGCACAAUUAAAGAGAGUUUAAGAUUGCAUCCUCCUGCUCCUCUCUUGGUUCCUCGAGAAACAUCUAAAGCUAUCAAUUUGGGUGGCUAUGAUAUUCCUCCCAAAACAAGUGUGAUUAUCAACGCAAUAAAAAUUCAAAAAGAUCCCAAUAUAUGGGAUAGGCCAGAAGAGUUCAUGCCAGAGAGGUUUGAAGAGAAUCUGGUGGAUUACAGAAUCCAAGACUUCCAAUUCAUUGCAUUUGGUGGAGGAAGAAGACAAUGUCCUGGAUUGAGAUUUGGGGUUACUUCAAUUGAAUAUAUAUUAGCAAGUCUUUUAUACUGGUUUGAUUGGAGAAUGCUAGAAGGUAAAAGGGGAGAGGAUUUGGACAUGACUGAAACUAAUGGGUUAACUGUUCAUAAGAAAAUUCCUCUUCACCUUGUAGCAAUACCCUACUCCCCUUGAUGUAUGUAACCUUGUGUUAAUUAUUCUGUAAACAUCAC